UUUGAAUAUAGGCGGGACCCCAUAGGUUGCAAAUAAAGUAGGCUACAUGAGGACAGGGUGCAGGGGAUCUUUGUAUUUACUGUGUGUUCAGAAGUUUUGAACUGAUGUCUCUUCGCAAAACUCUCCCUGCCUUUGGGCGCUCGACUCUUAACAGUAGUUUGAUGAUCGCCACUCGCCAUCAUCGGUGUGUGCAAGCGUUACAUUCAACCAAAACAAACACAGAAGACGAGUACGCUGACAGCAGGAAGCAUGUAUCUUAUAGUAACAAGAUCUCCAUUGACUUUGAACAGACUAAAGAAGCCUUCAAGAGCAAAGACACUCUUGAGCUGCUUAGAAGCUUGAUGGUUUUCAAACUGUGCUCCUAUGACAUCCUGGUUGAUAAGAAUAAGGAGAUAAUGGACCUCAGCAGAAAGUUGUUGGGACAGAAGAUGUUUGAGCAGUUUAUGAAGAUGACGUUCUACGGUCAGUUUGUGGCAGGAGAGGACCAUCAGUCCAUCAGGCCUGUAGUGCGUAAGAACCAAGCGUAUGGAGUCGGGGCUGUGCUGGAUUAUAGUGUAGAAGAGGAUCUCUCACAGGAAGAGGCUGAGAGGAAAGAGAUGGAAUCUUGCAUGUCUACAUCAGAGAAUGCAAGCCCUGGAGCUGACCACGGGGAGAAGUUCACAGCCCAUCGGAAGUUUGGCGAUCAUCGUGAAGGCGUGACAAGCGCUCAUACUUAUUUCUAUGCCGAUGAGGCGAAAUGCGACCAACACAUGGAGACUUUUCUGAAAUGCAUCAAAGCCUCGGGUGGAAGUUCUGAAGACGGUUUCUCAGCUAUUAAGAUGACUGCCUUGGGGCGACCACAAUUCCUGCUCCAGUUCUCUGAGGUGCUGGUGAAAUGGAGACGCUUUUUCAGUUUCCUGGCUGCCAAGCAGGGGAAAGAUGGCGUGGAGGUGCUGGAGCAGAAACUGGAUCUAGAGCAAUUGCAGACAUGUCUAGCUAGACUGGGAGCUCAAGGCAACAUUCAGAGCUGCUUCUCUGAUGGACAACUGCACUCAUCAGGCAUGGUGGACAUGCUGGACUGGAACCAUCUGAUUGACGAAAGAACGAAGAUAUCUGAUCUACUGGUUGUCCCGAACCUGCAGACUGCAGAGUUGGAGCCUCUUCUGUCCAAGUUCACAGAGGAAGAGGAAAGGCAGAUGAAAAGGAUGCUUCAGCGACUGGACGUCUUGGCUAAGCAUGCAGUGGAAAAUGGCGUCAGACUGAUGGUGGACGCCGAACAGACGUAUUUCCAACCUGCCAUAAGCAGACUUACUGUGGAAAUGAAGAGAAUCUUCAACAAAGACAAAGCUGUCGUUUUCAACACCUAUCAGUGCUACCUCAAAGAGGCAUUUGAUAAUGUUUCCAUGGACAUGGAGCUAUCAAGAAGGGAGGGCUGGUGUUUUGGUGCCAAGUUGGUAAGGGGGGCAUACAUGUACCAGGAGAGAAGCCGAGCUGCGGAGAUUGGAUACGAAGACCCCAUCAACCCCGACUUUGAAUCCACUAACAGAAUGUACCAGAGGUGUCUGGAUUACGUGCUGGAGGAGAUCGAACAGAAUAAGAGAGCAAAUGUCAUGGUGGCAUCACACAAUAUAGACACAGUUAAACAUACACUCUGGAGGAUGAAUGAAAUGGGUCUGGCUCCCACAGAUAAGAAGGUGUACUUCGGCCAGCUCCUGGGAAUGUGCGACCAAAUCAGCUUUCCGUUAGCUCAGGCAGGAUUCCCUGUGUACAAGUAUGUUCCUUAUGGUCCGGUGAACGAGGUGAUUCCGUAUUUGUCCCGUCGGGCACAGGAGAACCGCGGCAUAAUGAAAGGAGUGCAGAUGGAGAGAGAGCUUCUAUGGAAAGAGCUGAUGCGUCGACUGACCAGUGGAGAGGUCUUCUACACACCUGCUGUAUAAACCACACUCGGCUUCUCACCAGAGACUCCUUACACUUGUUUUUUGCCUGCUUACCCAUCCAUUCGUAAAUAUUUUUUUCCACUCUCACCCAGGCUGUUCAAGAUAUAAUGCACAUGGGAUCCAUUUGAAUCCAAUACCACAAUUGGGUGACACUCACAAAAUGCAAAUCAUACUUAACCUGAAAGUCACAAAUUGAAAAAAAAAAAAAAAAUG